AUGGACCAACACGAACCAGACAUCCUCUCGAGCUUACCUCUAGAGCUUCUUCUCUACAUCAUCAGCUUCCUCCCUUUCGAGUCCGCAAGACUAACCCCUUUAGUCUCCACACAGUUUAGGUUCGUUUGGAGCCAAGCCUUACUCGUCGCUCAUAGCCACAACGGAUCAACCGAAGACAUCUCUCACGGCGUCUCUCGCUUCAUCAACGACUUCGACGAGCACGAUCCGUCUAAAAACACUCGGAAGCUGGAGUUACACCUUGACAGGUCAACCUUCUUGUCAACUAUUCUUGCACCUCAUAACGUCAUGCAUAUGAGCUUCUUCUUCUCUGGUGAUUCUAUGAAAGAAGAGAGCUUUAGCUGGCGUCUUGAUAUCAACGAUCAGAUCCCAAGAUCUGUCGAGUCAAGCGGUUUCUUGGUGAAGACGCUUUGUUUAGACUCGGUGAAUUCUUUUACUCACGAGGUCGUUUCUUCCAUGGUUUUGGAUUUUUCUUUACUUGAGAAUCUCAAGAUUUGUGGUUGCAAGGGAUUGACUUCUCUCACUAUUGAUUCACCAACUAAGCUACUUCACUUAUCUAUCUCGGGUUGCUCGCAGCUGACAUAUCUCGAUAUCAGAUCAUGUAAGCUUAAAACUCUUAAUUACCAAGGAUUUCUACCGUUGAUCAAGAUCCAUGAACAUUUCAACUUGACCGAUGCAAUUUUGGAUGUAAGACGAGGUCCAAACUAUUACAACAAUGCUUUGGACAUCGGUCCCCUCUUGCUCAUCAUCAAGAACUCUCAAUCUCUUACACUUUGUAGAUGGAUGUACGAGGAACUAAUCAAACCAUCAAUAUCCUCUUCUUGGACAUCAUUCCAAUUCUACAAGUUACAUGAAUUGCGGUGGAUUGAAAACUCGAUGAAAGAAGAAAAUAAUAAUUUCUUGAUUUCUUUUCUCAAACUUUGCCCUUCAAUCGAGAGCCUCUUCAUUACUAUCGAUGCGAAUACUUAUAGUUCAAAAGAAGAAGUAAGUUUUACUGAUAAUGCGAGCAAGCAUACAACAGAACUAAGGAAUCUAAAGCUGGUCAAGUUGGAAGGAUCAAAGAGUAAUGAAGAGGAUAAGAAUCAACUGAUAUUUGCUCUACAGAAGAUAGUCAAUAUUGAUCAGCCUCUGCUUGUAUUGUCGUCACUUUCGUCAGAUUGA